UAUCCAAUUGGUUCAGAAAGUAGGUUAGUGGUGCUGCGGCAGGCAUGACGGCGAAAAGAAAGUGGGUCACAGAUUGAAAAGCGUUUAUGUCACUGUUCUUACGGACUGGUUAUAUUUACCGACAACUUCAAUGGGUCACAGCACAGGGGGUUUAAUGGUUUGAGACUGUUGUGGAACGGCUUUCUGAAAGGGGAAAGAGGACCGUAUCUCGAGGGAAGUAGACAUCAGAGAAGAAGAGGAAGACUGCCUCUCACAAGCCCAGCAGUUUGAUCGUGUGGAUGGAAGGAGAUGCGUUUGAAACAGAGGACGUUAUGAACAUCUGUGAUGAUCUAAUGGCAGACCAAAGGAUGGACAUCACCUCCACGAUGAAUGAGUUCAUGUCUCCCAGCUCCACUGACCUCAUCAGCAGCUCCAUCCACCCCCCAGGCAUGGACUUCACACGCAAGAGGAAGGGCAGCACCUCCGACUACCAAAUUGACGGCUUUUCCUUCGAUGACAUGGAUUCUGACAAGGACAAACUUGGAGGUGACCAUCAUGGAAGGAUAAAGAAUGCCAGAGAGGCCCACAGCCAGAUUGAGAAGCGCCGACGGGACAAGAUGAACAGCUUCAUCGACGAACUGGCGUCCCUGGUUCCCACCUGCAACGCCAUGUCCCGCAAACUGGACAAGCUGACGGUGCUGCGCAUGGCCGUCCAGCACAUGAAGACCCUGCGAGGGGCAGCCAACCCUUACACGGAAGCCAACUACAAGCCCUCCUUUCUGUCAGACGACGAAUUGAAGCACUUGAUACUGAGGGCAUCUGAUGGCUUCCUGUUUGUGGUGGGAUGUGAUCGCGGGAAGAUUCUCUUUGUCUCAGAGUCCGUCUUUAAGAUCCUUAACUACAGCCAGAACGACCUGAUUGGCCAGAGCCUGUUUGACUACCUGCACCCGAAGGACAUCGCCAAGGUGAAGGAGCAGCUGUCCUCCUCAGACACGGCCCCGAGGGAACGACUCAUAGACGCCAAAACGGGUCUCCCGGUGAAGACAGACAUCACCCCCAGCCCGUCCCGGCUCUGCUCCGGGGCCCGGCGCUCCUUCUUCUGCAGGAUGAAGUGCAACAGGCCCUCCGUCAAGAUGGAGGACAAGGACUUCCCUUCCACCUGCUCCAAGAAGAAAGCGGACAGGAAGAGCUUCUGCACCAUCCACAGUACGGGCUACCUGAAGAGCUGGCCCCCCACCAAGAUGGGUCUGGACGAGGACAACGAGCCCGACAACGAGGGCUGCAACCUCAGCUGCCUGGUGGCCAUCGGGCGCCUGCACCCCCACAUCAUCCCCCAGCCCGCCCACAUCGACAUCCGCGUCAAGCCCACCGAGUACGUCUCCCGGCACGCCAUCGACGGCAAGUUUGUGUUCGUGGACCAGAGGGCUACAGCCAUCCUAGCCUACCUGCCCCAGGAGCUCUUAGGGACGUCGUUCUACGAGUACUUCCACCAGGAUGACAUCGGUCAUCUGGCAGAGUGUCACAGACAAGUGCUGCAGAUGAGGGAGAAGAUCAACACCAACUGUUAUAAGUUCAAGAUCAAAGACGGCUCGUUCAUCACGCUGAGGAGUCGCUGGUUCAGCUUCAUGAACCCCUGGACCAAGGAGGUGGAGUACAUCGUCUCCACCAACACCGUCGUCUCGUGCGGUGUGUUGGAGGGGGGUGACCCCAGCUACCCCCAGUCUGCAGCCUCUCCUCAGAGUAUGGACAGUGUGCUCACAUCUGAGGGAGGAGGGCGGCGGGCGCUGCAGACGGUGCCAGGAAUCCCAGGUGGCACGCGGGCGGGAGCGGGCAAGAUAGGGCGCAUGAUCGCCGAGGAGGUGAUGGAGAUCCAGAGGAUCCGAGGAUCGUCUCCCUCUAGCUGUGGCUCCAGCCCUCUGAACAUCACCAGCACACCCCCUCCUGACACAUGCUCCCCGGGGGGCAAGAAGAUCCAGAACGGGGGCACUCCGGACCUCUCACUGGCGGGGGUGGUCCCUGGACCCGACUCUGUGGGGUACCCCUACUCCGUCAUGAGUGACGCCUCCCACCCCAGCAUAGACAUCAUGGACGAGCCGGGCUCCAGCAGCCCCAGCAACGACGAGGCGGCCAUGGCCGUCAUCAUGAGUCUGCUGGAGGCCGACGCUGGCCUGGGGGGACCCGUAGACUUCAGCGACCUGCCCUGGCCCCUCUGAGGGGGGGGGACGGGGGGUGAGAUGGGGGAGGGGGGGGGUAAGAUACGGGAGGGGGCCACAGGGUGUUGGGGGUAGUGAUUCUGAAUCUUCUAACAUCUCUUUCUCCUAGAAAGUAUCCAUCUGUGGGUAACAGAUAGGUCUAAGAUAAUGUUUAGCCACCGGGUUAGCCAUGUAAAUCAGUAGGUUUGACUGGACUGGGCUGUUGGUCCCAUCACUCUUUUUGGGCUUCAGCUACACGCGUCACUUCACCCUCUUUCUGGGUCGUUGGAAAUCGCUACCUCCUUGAUGAUUCCUAUCCACUCCACUCAGACCCAUGUCUCCAGGCUCUGGAGAGCAGGAAGGGUGUUUGAGAGCAGGGCCCAUACUUUCACACGUCCUGGGAUCAAGGCCCCCAUAACUCCUGGCUCCUGGCCGGACGUGGCCAGUCAUAUCAGCAGGACGCCAAGAAGCUAAUGGGAGGACACACACUAGCAGAUGCUAACGUGAUAGCAGAUGCUAACGUGCUAGCUAGAGCUAGUUCCUUAAGCUGUGACAAUGAGAAGUCCCAGUGACUCCUGGACUCUGGCCACAGAACGAGGAGAGCAGCUCGUCCAGAACCCUUCACACUAGACUGUUCCUUCUACUCUGACUGAAUGUGCACUGAGGCACUUCCCUUCACGGACCUAACAACUUGUUAUACGACACAGGACUGGUUUUAUAUGAAAUAUAACUAUAGCUAUUUGAAAAAUGAACAUUUUGGGAUUUUUGUUUAUUUAGUUUUGUUACUGUUUUAAGAAAUAUUAUCAUGCUCACACCGAUUCAGUGCUAGUUAUGUUGGCAGGAAGGAGAGCACGUUGUAUGCAAGUUGAGGGGGAGGAUGGGGUUUUCUACCAGGUUUUGCAUCUGGGUACAGACCCUCACCUAUCCAGUCCUCCCUUAGACAUGGGAGAAUUAAUAUUACGACCCUCAUGUACUGAUGGUGGUGGGUAUGAAGACCAACAGCUGACCAAUCCUUGUGCUGCUUGUUAAAGUCGAAAGUGGGACGUUUUCGUCCUAUGUGAACAUUCUAGAAUGGUGGCGCGCUCUGUGAGAAUCCAGGGCUCCGGGUCCGGUAUUUUCCAACAGGAAUUUCUACCUUUUCAAAAACAAAUCCUCUCUGUUUUAGUGUGUUGAUGUUUUUACACUACCGUGCAGUACAGAUGAAAUGGUCCUCCUUGUUGGAUAUCCCCGUUGACAAUAAUGUAAUGUAACAACCAUUAAAUAUGUUAUCGUAUGAGUGUAUUGUAACAGUGAAAUAUUUUUUCAAAUAAAAAGUAUUUUGUUUCUGUU